UGAACAGGGCAGAAUCCACCCUGGCGUCCGGUCAAAGAGAUGUUGAAAAGCACGCAAAUGCAGGGAAAGGGGGAGCUCAGCGAUUCCACACCAUGCUAAAACAUUUGCAAUUCCACCGGAACAACAACCAUUUUUUGGUAGCCAUUUUCGUGGUGAAAUUGAAUAUUUGUUCAAUCGUGGAAAGUUAGGACACUUUGCAUCUUUACUUGUGAGGUUCAAACAAGAUGGUUAUUUUUACCCCAUUUUUUUUACAGAUGAUGACCAAGUGAUGGAAGAACAGAGCGCAGCAUCCUCGGUGGGGAUCAUCCAUCUGAGUGGCAUGGAAGAGUUCAGGAAGGAACAGGCCAUUCAGUUGUCAUUGGUGAACCUCAUGGACAGCACGGGAUAUGAUCUUAUCCAGGAGAAUGGGCAGAGGAGGUACGGCGGACCGCCACCAAACUGGGAGGGUCCCGCACCACGCAUUGACUGCGAGGUCUUUGUUGGCAAGAUCCCAACCGACAUGUAUGAAGACGAGCUCGUCCCUCUGUUCGCGAGAGCUGGAACCAUCUAUGAGAUGAGGCUCAUGAUGCAGUUCAACGGACAGAACCGCGGCUACGCCUUCGUGAUGUACACUGACCGGGAGGCGGCCCGAAAAGCUGUCCAGAUGUUGAAUAACUACGAGGUCCGCCGAGGAAAGUUCAUCGGCGUUUCCCGCUCCCUGAAUAAAUGCAGCCUCUUCCUUGGCUGCAUUCCCAAGGACAAGAGUAAAGGGGAGAUCAUGGAGAAGGUCAAUGAGGUAACGGAGGGUCUUUUGGACGUCACCGUGCUUCCAAGCUACACGAGCAAAAACCAAGGCUACGCUUUUUUAGAGUACGAGACCCACAAGGCGGCGGCGUUUGCCCGGAAGGCAUUGAUGGCGAGGGUGAGGUUGUGGGGCAAGCAGAUCUGGGUGAACUGGGCCAAGUGGGACCAGAACAGGAAGGGAGCCAACCAAGAUUCCAUCAAAGCAGUCCAAGUACGGAACCUCUUGCCGAGCACCACAGUGGAAACCCUGCAGUGCGAGUUUGAGCGCUUCAAACCAGACGCAGUGGCGCGGGUGCGGAAGUUCACCCACCACGCCUUCGUUCACUUUAGCUGCCACAGGGAUGCCGUCGAUGCCGCCAGGGCGAUGAAUGGAACCAACAUCGACGGAAACGCCGUGGUCGUGACUCUGGAUACCUACGAAGGGGCGUCGAGGAAAUCCGGCUGGAAAGGCGGGCGGCAAAGCAAGGCACAAAAAGGUGGAGCCACGGGGGUGGUCAACCGGCAGCAUGCUGGCACGGAUGAGAGCUACGCUGUGGAAUCCAUGAACCCUCAUGUCCAGUGGAGCUCUCGGACUCCCGGAGCACCACUUCUAAGGGACCAGGGUGUGUUCUCGCUCGGUCGUGGCUGUCAGCUGUUCCGCGGCAAAUUGCAGCUGCUCCGACCAAACCAGUUCGGCUCCGCUGUGAGUCGGCUGGAGUUGUAUUGCUGCGUGAACAACUUGCUGCCCCCAUGUUACGAGCUCUUCUUUGUGCUGGCUCCAGAAGGGGGCUUCCUGCUGGUUUACAAGGUCACGGGAGAGCCGGAGCCUAUUCCAGCUUCGGGUGAAAGGCGGACUUCACCCAGAGUUGGUCGCCAGUCAGCCGCAGGGCAGACGUCAACACCAUCGCUAAGUGGGAAUCGAUCCCAUGCACCAAAGUCAGACGUGGUGAUGCCGCUGACACAAGAAGUCUUCAUACCAGACAAGGCAUGCGUGCAGGUGGAUGUCGCGAAAGAGCUGGCUGCAGAAUACGUACUGUGGAGUAUUGGUAACAUGCACACUCACAUGGACUGUUAGACAAAGUCACCACCCGUAGCCUUCAUUACUUUCCUCAGCUGAGGACGGCACGUUCACUCUGGUCAGUUCUACACUUAAAAGACAUUCAUAGCUAACUUCAAGCUAUCAGUUGUCAGUCAGACCUGUUAAGAAGAUGGCCUCCCGUUAUCAAUAGCCAUUCUGAUGACGACAUCUUUGAAAUGACUUGGAAAAAUAUUGUUUUAUUGUUGUAUAUAUAUAUGACUGUUAUAUUGUACAUGUGCAUCUUGUUUUUUUCCAAGCUUCAUUUUUGCUCCAGACCAUCGUUCAUUUCUUCUUCUGUCAAUAACAUUUAUCAGUUGCAAUCUUCAGCAGAUUUUGAAUGUCGCUGUGGACAGCCUCAAAUAAAAAAAAUGUUAUCUUUA